UCUCACGAACAAUUCACACAGUCUCGGCUGGAACUUCUGAAUGUAUGAAUGCAGCUGGUUGUGAUCAUCGGAAUCCGGAUGUGAUGAAAAUGUUUCAGCUCAAAGUUUCUCCAGGAGCAGGAGCUCGAGCGCGCGGGACUCUCGCGCACAAACUCACUAUCCAGCGUCUGCCUGACAGGGAUUUUUGCACUAUUUUGGGGAGGUAUCUGAUAGUUUUUACGGAGUUUUGAUUCUAAGCAGGGUAUUAAGGAAACUUUUUCCUAACGGCACGCCGGUUUUGCCGGAGAAAGGAUGCGAAUAAAGGAGUUUCUCAGUUGACAUGUUUGAAAGGUUUGAGGGCUAAUUGCGUGGGGCAGUGUUGUUUUUGGGUGUGUUUAGUAUCUAAAUAUCUGGCUCAUGUCCUCGGAGACUAUUUUACCUCCGGAGGGGCCUGAAGGGCCAAAAAAGCAGCUUCAUGAGGAGACAAACCAACUUCUGUCAAACAGAGAUAAAUGCAACAGCUGCUCUGAUGAAUCCUCAGAUGCUACAGAAACAUCCCGAACUCCGAUACCAGGAGAUCACACUUCAGACGAGCAGGGUCACAUGACAGGCGAGAACCACACCCAUGAUGGUCUUGUUAGAACUCAACCUCAGCCUCUGCCCCAGCCAGCAACAUCCCUGCAGAAGGCUAUUGAUGGAGAGGCUGGCAGGCAGCAGAACGGUCUGCACACUGUGCUAAGUAAUGGCCAUGGCACGCCCCGCGGGGUCACACAACCGCCCUCCGCCGAGCCCAAGAAGCACCCAUCGCCUGUCUCACACCGUGUGCAGAGAAAGCUUCGCUCUAGCCUGUCGGUCAACAGCAACAGCAGCAGAAGGAGCAAAAGCAGCUCGACGGGUUCCCAUAAACCCGGCUCUACUCCAGAGGACUGCUGUGUCCACUGCAUCCUGGCCUGCCUGUUUUGUGAAUUUGUCACUCUGUGCAAUAUGGUGGUGGCUCAGGCGUCGUGCGGCACCUGCACGUCAGAAGCCUGUUGCUGCUGCUGCUGCGCAGACGACCUGGGAGAUGACUGCAACUGCCCCUGUGACAUGGACUGUGGCAUUAUGGAUGCGUGCUGCGAGUCCUCGGACUGCCUGGAGAUCUGCAUGGAGUGCUGCGGAAUCUGUUUCCCAACAUAAAAGCCCAGAUGCAUGCAGGCGAGAGCCAGGACAGAUGUUGAGUGUGAGUGAGUGUGUGUGUGAGUGAAUGAGAGCUACUGAGUGUGUUCAUUUCACACUUGUGAAAAGUCUGUUCCUGAGCUCAAAAUGACCAUAAAGGUCAUACAAAAGGACAAACACAUUUAUGUACUUCACAUAUCCUCGUAGACUAAAAGUGCACAAAAGCAUAUUCAGCGCUUUAUAUUCAAUGCUUUAAUAUAUCAGAGCUUGACUGUUUUAACUAAAUUUCAUCUCUUUGCAGAGGUUCUUUUGUUUCCAAAGACGUUUGUUUCACACUUUAUAAUUUUAAAAACUUGCAGAUGGUGGAAUUAAAAACAGUAGACGUCACAUCACUUGAGGUCGCACUGCACAUCACUGUAAUUUGAGUGGAAACAGAGCUUUCACACUGUCAGAGGUCAAGCCUUUGUGGGUGUUGAGUGGAAUUCUUAUUUUGAACUUUUUCUGAAAAGAGAGGGCUGUUUAAAUGAUAGCCAAUUUUGUAAGUCUUUAUUUAAACUGUGUCUACUGUAGCUCAUUUAAUUAAAUGUCCCUAAGCUCUUGAAACAACAUUAGCUGUUAGCUUGCUGGUGCUUUAAAGAUACACAAAAGAACUGGAUACACCGAAUAGUGUAGAAUGCAGAUGCAGAAAUUCACUUUAUGCAUCUUGCGAAUUACGUGUAAACUUGACUUUGUUUUUCUUUUAUUAAGCCUCUGCUAAAGAUACGCAUCUUUUUGCUUUAGUAUAUCUGAACACAUUAUUGGAAAGUGUUACAUUUGUUAUAUGUAUUUCAGAUUGCAUUGCCUGAGACUUUCUUUGUGAAUUGUACAAAGCUGGCAUUUUUCAGCAUUACGUAAGCUUAUGUUAGCAUCAUAACAUUAACACGGUUGUUUUUUGUUCAAAGUGCGUAAAACCUUCGGUACAUCGUGUAUGUGAUUCGUCUGACUCAUCUCGUCAAAACUGCUUACGACAUACUUGCCAAACUGCACUUCAGAAACACAGUGUGACCUAAAACAUUCAACUGAACCCGGUUCAACGCAAACAACUUUACCUCUACUGACCUUACCUCUCUUUUGACGAGACCCACUUUAAGACCAAACUGACCAGGACUGGCUCUUUAACACUGAAAAUCCGAAAAAAGUAUAGUUGACUUAUGAUGAUACUAUAGAGGUUUGUUGUUACUGUAAAGGCUUUUUUGAGUCAAAUGCAUUUUAAUAGUAAGCAAACUAAAACUUGAGAUUUUCAGAUUAAUUUGAAUGGAAAUGCACAAAUACAUUGACGCAAAAUAUAUACAUCAUUGACAUAAAUACAUUGAUGUAAAAUCUCAGAGAAAAAGAAACUAAUUAAAAAAGAUUGAGAUAAAAAUAAAAAUGCAUUUCAGAGACCGGUGUUUAAAUUUAAUUGCAAAUCUGUAGCUAAUUGCAAUGUCAGAGGACCAGACAAAGAUGUAAUAGUCUAUAAACAAGUCUUUUAAUAAAAUCAUGCUUUCCACAUUCAAAAAUGCUGUUUCCAUGAUUAUGAAACAUGUUUUUUAUUUUAUUUUUUUUAAAGGAAUGUGAAGCUUAGGAUCUGUAUCUGUUCAGCAUACUGUAUUCAGCACAGUUUUAUGUUUCUUCUUUAUCCUCAAAACACUUUUUUUUUUUUAAAUAUCUGCAUUAUGUACCAAGCGUUGGUUUGUUAAUGGACCAUCAACAUUACAAUUUUCUAAAAAUAAAAUCUAAAACUGGAGACUAA